AUGAACAGAAGGACCGUCCUCUUCCUCUCGGUAAUCUUUGCCUUAAGAGAAAGGAGUCCUUUACCCCAAUAUCAUUUAUUCAUUUGGCCAAUUCUCUAUCCAUUUAAGGAGCGCGCAAGGACUAAAUGGUCAUCACUGACAAUUUAUCCUUCCUUCAUUUCCUUCCUUUUAUUUUGCUUUUUGGCCUUAACCCCCUCCACCUCUAUUCACUUAAAUAUAAUAUUUUGGCAGCUGUGCCUUUCCAUAAGGAUUUUGGGAAAUCUGGCGGCAUUAAUAGAAAGAACGAAGACAAAUCGCUUUUUUUGCUACCGUCAAUGACAAUUGCAAAUGUUCUGGGAUGGGUAAAAUGAUGGGUCAUUUAAAUGAGGAAAAUAUUUACUUAAAUUAUGUAGUAUUUAGUCAGCGAUUUAAUGUUAAUAAAACAAGGUCUGUAAAAAAAUAGGAGAGGAUUUUUCUUAAUAAGGUUCUCAUUUUCUAACCCUUGACUUAUCAUUAUAAACUUGUUUAAAAGUAUCUUUAUAUUGUUUAGCACUCACAGAACUAGUAGUAGUUAAAUCCCCUCUCCUUUUUUAUUGUCUUCUGGCAUUGAAGCGAGAAUUGGCAAUUUCCUUUCCCUCAAUCUCAAAGCUUUUGUUUCACAAAAUCCCCGUUUUUAUGUGUUGCUUCCUUCCUCUCAUUGCCUUUCCCUUGCUUAAUCUCUCCCUAAAAUUUUUAAGCUUGCCAUCAUCAUCCUUCUCCAAUUCCCGGGCACUUAUAAAUUUUAUAUUUUUUUUGCCAAUGACCUCCUCAAAAAAUAAACAAAAAGAAAACAAGGGCCAAGUACAAAA